AUGGCGCUGCCGUGGCUGCUCGUGCUGGAGCUGGUACUGUACGUCGGGUGCUUCAUUUGCGGGGUCAUCGCCGCGGCCUCGCUGACCGUCACUCAGGGCCAGUUUGCGGGCAGGUGCAUCCUCUACGGCAGCGUCCACCUCAACGCCUCGGGCCAGACGCUGACGGUGGAGAGCUCCAGCUCGCCGUCGCUCUGCUACUUUGUGUCGGCCAUCUCCGUGUGUGUGGCCAUCUACUGCUUCUCCCUCUUCCUCUACUGGAUGUAUGCCAGCUGUGCGGACGACGACGCAAAGAGGGAGAGGUCUGGGAUAAACGUGACCCUGCUGGUGUGUGGGGUGGUGGUCUUCUUCCUGCUCGUGUCGGGGUGUGUGUUGCGUAUCGGCCGAGAGCACCUGUGUCUCUCCAUCCUACAGACACUGCCGUCCCUCUCCAGCUGUGAGGAGGCCGAGAAUAAGACCUGGGCCACUCCCUACCAAGGCGACCAGUUUUCCUCAGGACUCCACAGGGCAGAGAAAUCGGUGUGGGUGAACUUCUUCUUCUGGAUAUUGAUCGUUGCCGUGGUAGCAGUGCAGAGGCGGCAUGGGGCCGGGUUCAGAGGGGCUGACUGGAACCCAGCCGAAACCGAGCCCUUCUUCCACCGCCCAUCACGAACAUAG